GACAACCAUGGAGGAGAUCACCAGCGUCGACGUGGGUCCGUGCCCGGAGUCCGAGUACCUGAAGCCGCUGCGGGUCAGCUACAACCAGAAUGGCACAAAGAAGACCUGGGACUUCAUGCAAACCCAUGACAGUGUAUCAGUGCUGAUCUUCAACACCACCUCUCAUUGUUUUGUCCUUGUCAAGCAGUUCCGUCCAGCCGUAUACAUGUGUGAGUGGGAAAGGAUCAAGAAGCAGCCGCCUCAGCCGGCUGACAAAGCCGAGGAGGGCGCUGCCGAGGAGGCCGCUGCCGAGGGCGCCGCCGAAGCCGCGGCCCCCGAGUCUCCUCAGGAGGUCCAGUCGGCCUCAGAGGGGGAGAGCUCCUCUCAGUUUCCCCCGGCCUCAGCGGGGGUCACCUACGAGCUGUGUGCCGGGCUGGUGGACAAACCCGACCUCUCGCUGGAGGAGAUCGCCCGGCAAGAGGUGCUGGAGGAGUGUGGCUACGACGUACCUGCCGCUAAGCUGAAGAGGAUUACGUCUUACAGGUCAGGCGUCGGUGUAACGGGCGCCAAGCAGACCCUGUUUUACGCCGAGGUGUCGGAUGACAACUGCGUGGGCGCGGGCGGAGGUGAGCCAUCGGAGGGCGAGCUCAUUGAGGUGGUCAAAGUCCCGCUGCACGAGGCCAUGACCUUCGCCUACGACGAGCGUAUACCCAAAACCAUGGGCGUCAUUUUUAGCUUCAUCUGGUUCCACAAUAACAUGUCUCCCAAGUACAAGAUCUCAACUAACGUGUAACUAGUAUUUACAAAACCUUCUUUCAAAACAAUUAUUCCAAAUUAAAUGAAAACACUGGCCCAGCACAUCCAUUCUUCCCCCUUAUGGCUCUUUAUCCUCUGUUGCCUUUUUGCUAAGUGGCACACGAUGGAGGGUGGGCCCCUCGUCGUGGGGCCGGCAGGUUUCUUUAAGUUUUGUCCCGUUUACCUUUUUCAAAUUUGAUGUGGUCUUAAUCAUUUCCCUCAAAAAGAAAUUUGCCAUAGCUGGUCGUCUCUGGCACU